AUGAGGAGGCAGGCACAGGGGCCAAGGAUGAAUAAGGGGAUUCUCUUUUGUUCAUCUUUGAAGACAUUGUAUGUACCUGCAUACCAUACCAACCUGGUUAAAAAACUUAUAAUAGCAGAUCACUCUCACUCAAUCUUCUCCGAACCAGCAGCAAUGGAUGUCACUGAUGAGAGUCACACCAACCAGAAGUUGGUGGUGAAAGUGGAUCUACAUGAUGACAGAGACAGGAGCAAGGCCAUGCGAAUAGUUUCUGGUUUUGAAGGGAUUGGAUCUCUGGCUAUGGACUUGAAGGACAAAAAACUAACGGUAUCCGGCGAUUUCGACCCAGUCAAGGUGGUGAACAAACUGAGGAAAUCUCGGCACACAGAAAUCGUGAGCGUUGGACCAGCUAAGGAAGACGAUGGCAAGAAAGACGGGGGCAUGAAAGAAGAGGGCAAGAAAAACGAGGAUCAAGUCGCCAAUCUCAAAGCCUAUCAAGCAUACCAUCCUAUGCCUUUCACAUAUUACUGUGUAUCAUAUGUUAAAAUUCUUUGUGCUUCCAGACCGAAUCAGGACUUGGUUUGUGCACCGGGGAGGAUUGAAUAAGAAAGGUUGAUUACGCCCUGUGAACACAAGAACGAGCGGAGUACCUUUUCGAGAAUAUUAAGCUUUUAUUGCGUCGUUCGGUACUUGUAUGUGCGUAGGGUGUAUAUGUAGAGAGAUUGGUUUUCAGUUGAGGAGCUCAAGUAUGGAAGAUCCAUUAUGUAUUCCCUUUCGGUAA